AUGCUGGUCACCACAGCCCUCCUGGCUCUCGCCAUGGGCGCGUUCGCCAUUCCUCAUCAGCAGCCUUUUGAUCCUGAUCUCGCCAACGCAAUCCCGGCCUACAUCCAAGAAACCGACGGCGUUGACCGGUAUGACGGGCAUGAGGUCUGGCGUAUCAACUGGUCCAACCUCUCCGUCGCGUCCCGUACUGCACUCCACAGCGUACUCGAAUCCACUGGCGACAUCUGGAAGGCGACACCAGACGUGAUCGACGUGCACCUUCCCCCGCGUGUCGCCGCCUUCCUCCCUUCCCUCAUCCCGAAGGACGCGCAGGCGACCAAGAUCGUCCCCGACCUCCAGGCCCUCGUCAACCUCUCCCUCGCCCACCCCGUCCCUGGCCUUGCAGGCGCCUACGCGACCCGCUCACCCCUCACCAACCCCCCAACUGACCUCCCCGAUGGCGGGUGGAACGUGUCGACCCUCGGCACCGUGUUCCACGAUGCAUUCCAACCUUUGUCUGCCAUGGACCGUUUCCUCGACACCCUCGUCAAGGCGUUCCCUGCGACGCUGCGGGCGGUCGAGAUCGGCCAGUCGUCAGAAGGACGCCCACUGCGCGCGUACACUGCCCACCGCGCCGAUGGGAAGGAGGAUGCGCCCGAGGUCGUGAUCAUCAGCGGCCAGCACGCCCGUGAGUGGGUCGGGCCCGCUUCUGCGAUUUACUUCCUCCACGCGCUGCUUGUCAACCUCAACGAUGACCCGAAUGGCACCGCCGCCAAGGUCCUCCGCGAGUUCACCGUCACCGUUGUGCCGACACUCAAUCCCGACGGGAUCGUCUACUCGCGCGAACACAGCCGCAUGUGGCGCAAGAACCGGCAGGACGUCGGCGGCCUCGUGUGCAAGGGCGUUGACCUGAACACAAACUGGGGCUACGAGUACAGGCCGUCGCGUCUCGCCUGCUCCGAGUCGUAUUCUGGCCAGCGUCCUUUCGAGGCACCCGAGACCGCCGCCAUGGCCAACUACAUUGUCAACGGCACCGCGGACGCACCGCGCAAGAGGAUGCCGCGCGCGUUCAUCGACCUCCACAGCUACGGGCAGCUAUUCAUGUUCCCGUACUCAUUCUCGUGCAACGUCUUCCCCCCCGACGCCGAGAAUCUCAUGGAGGCCGGUAUCGGCGUCGCCAAGGCGAUCCGCAUGAUCGGCGGCCCAGGAUACCAGACCGGCCAGGCGUGCCAAUCGACGCUGCGCUUUUCGGGCGACGCCGCCGACUACACGUACGCUGUGGGCCAGGUUCGGUGGUCGUACUCUGCAGAGUUACGCGAUACAGGCACCUACGGCUUCAUGCUUCCGCCAUUCUUAAUCCGGCCGACUGGUAUCGAUGUCGUCGCGGGUCUCUCGGCACUCGCGCUUUUCAUCUACAACACUGAGAUCGAGCCUUGA